AUGACGAGCCUCCUCCAAACGGUGCGGACGACCGCGUCCGCGAGCAAGUCGCUGGCGUCCUCGCUCCGCGCCCUCUCGCUCUCGACCCAGCCCAAGACGAUCCCCGCGGUGCAGACAAGAUGCCUCUCGCAAGUUGCCCUCACAGGCCCGGCUAGCAGGACGACGACGACGACGGCGGCGGUCAGCGGUGCGGUGGCGGCCCCCGCGGUGCAGCGCGGCGUGGCGGUGUUCCAGACCCAGCAGGUGCGCGGUAUGAAGGUGCGCAGCGCGAUCAAGAAGCGCUGUGAGCAUUGCAAGGUCGUCCGGCGCAAGGCAAACAAGCGGCACAACGGCUACCUCUACAUCGUGUGCCCGGCAAACCCGAGGCACAAGCAGCGUCAGGGAUAG